CCUCUCUUCUCUCUUUCUAUCUGAAUUUGCAGAGGUACAUUCAACAUUAGUGUUCCUUAAUAUCCGAUACCCUUUUCCAUUGCAAACUUUCUACGUUGGGAUUCUGCCCCAAUUUUGUGUCUUUUUUAUUCUGAAAUUGUACCCAUCUCAUGAAAAACUCGAAUCAGAUCCAUGGGAGAUAACCCUGUUUCUGCUUCUAGUUUUUCUUUCUCAAUUCAAGUGUUCUGUAUUCUGAAACCCUCCAGAUCCAUACCCAUAUAGAAUCCAAAUUUGCAUUUUUGGUUUGUGUAUCGGAAUUAGGGACGGUGAUUGAGGAAACCCAUUUCCCAGAUCCCAAAAAAUGAAGGGCAACAGCAAAUUAUUCACGAUCGGAUUGGUGGCGGCAUGGUAUUCGUCCAACAUUGGGGUUUUGUUGCUCAAUAAGUACUUGCUUAGCAACUAUGGCUUCAAGUACCCGAUCUUUCUCACCAUGUGCCACAUGACCGCCUGUUCUCUGUUGAGCUACAUCGCCAUAGCGUGGAUGAAGAUGGUCCCAAUGCAGACGAUUCGAUCCCGAGUCCAGUUCUUCAAGAUCUCCGCCCUUAGUUUGGUGUUCUGUGUGUCGGUGGUGUUCGGCAACAUCUCGCUCAGGUUCUUGCCGGUGUCCUUUAACCAGGCGGUUGGGGCUACGACGCCAUUUUUCACGGCAGUCUUCGCGUACUUGAUGACGUUGAGGAGAGAGGCUUGGCUCACCUAUGUCACUCUCAUUCCGGUGGUCACCGGCGUUAUCAUUGCUAGCGGGGGUGAACCAAGUUUCCAUCUAUUUGGAUUUAUCAUGUGUGUUGCAGCUACUGCUGCAAGAGCUCUGAAAUCAGUGCUACAGGGAAUUUUGCUCUCUUCUGAAGGGGAGAAGCUGAAUUCCAUGAACCUCCUUCUAUACAUGGCUCCAAUAGCAGUCGUGUUUCUACUUCCUGCAACACUCAUUAUGGAAGAAAAUGUGGUUGGUAUUACACUUGCUCUUGCAAGGGAUGAUAUCAAGAUCAUCUGGUAUCUGCUCUUCAAUUCAGCGCUGGCAUAUUUUGUAAAUUUGACCAACUUUUUGGUCACAAAACACACCAGUGCACUGACUCUUCAGGUACUAGGAAAUGCAAAGGGGGCAGUGGCUGUGGUGGUUUCAAUAUUAAUUUUUAGAAAUCCAGUUUCUGUUACUGGAAUGCUUGGUUACUCGCUAACGGUGUUUGGAGUUAUACUCUACAGCGAAGCCAAGAAACGAAGCAAGUCCUGAUUUGGGGAUGAUUCUAUCUCCAACUAUUUUGGGUUUACUUACUGUGAGGAUAGCGGCAACAUUCAAAGAAGCAAGUUGGGGCCAUGUGAUAGCAGACGGUGUUGUGGAUUUUUGCGCCCUAAAUUCUAUUUUUUUGCCUGGAAGCUUGGGAAACUGGUCUCCAUUUGUAUCAGCAACAACUGCAGGAUUAGCCAAAAUUAGAGAAACUACAAUAACUGAUUUGUCUCUUAGUCCCACCCUGGGGUCAGAGAAAUAUCAAUUUAUCCUUUUUAUUCUUUUAGGAAAGGGUUAUUGGGUUUACACAAUUAGUCUGUUAUUUACAAUUCUCAUAUUGAUUAAUUAAUGAAAACACUCAAUUUUU